CAAUGAAGACAUCUUCCUCCUCCGAUAGCUGACAGCACAGCAGCGGUCCUGAAACCAUGGUCCUGAGUCUCCUGUGUUUGAGCCUCAUUGUUCUGGAGGCCCUGCACUCUCAAGCCCAGGAUAUCCCUCCAACCCGGAUCCCAGCACCACCUCUGAGCAAGAUUCCCCUGCAGCCAGACUUCCAGGAUGACCGGUUUCAGGGAGACUGGUUCACCAUAGGUGCAGCCACGAAUGCAGUGAUGAAAGGAAAAGGAAACAACUCUAAAUAUUACAUGACCAGAGUCAACUUUGAGCUGAAUGAUGACCACAGCUACAAUGUCAGCACCACUGGACUCAGUGGCCAGAAAUGUGCACAAUGGACCAGCACACUUGUCCCCUAUAUCCAGCCUGGCCAAUUCACCCGGCUUAAUAUGACAAAUUCUGACACAGAAAGCUACCUAUGGAGAGUGACAGCCACCGACUACAAGCAGUUUGCCAUGCUGUACAUUGAGUACAAGUUCAAACACAGGAUAUACUUCCAGGUCAAACUCAACGGGAGGACCCAGGAACUGAGCUCUGAACUGCAGGAACACUUCAUCAAAUUUGCCAGGUCCCUGGGCCUCGAUGAUGAGAACACUGUCUACUUUGAGCCCAUCGGUUUCACCAGUACUCUACCUCCUAUUCUUCCAGUAACUUCUAUUCAAGGUGCCACCUGGCUACCCCACCAGACAUGCCAGUGAGAGAGUGGGAAGAUCCAUCUUCCAGUGCUUGCUGCAUAUCUAAUCACUACAAAAGCCACCUGAUUGUGGAGCUCCUUUUUUGCUAAAUAAAAGCAUGGAACAGA